UCCCCGCCUGGCUCCCUCUCUCCUCGCCCGCCGGGUGCUGAAGUUGGGCGGAUGGCAGCAAACCGGCUCCGCUAGAGGACCGAGCCGCUCAGCCCCGCGCCCCCGGACCCAUCGCUGCGCUGCCCACACCUCCAGGCGACUGGGCUUUUCAAGGAACUUCUGAUUGGCUGUUGAAAUACAAAGGUUAUAAUUCAAGAGCCAUGGCAUUACAUUAAACAGACACAACCCAGGGGAAAUUAUGACAUAAAUGAAAUGAGCAGCCAACUGGGCGCUGCAGUAGCGGCAAUGCGAAAAAGGCAGCAGUCGCAGAAUGAAGAAACACCUGCCGUGUCUCAGGCACCUGGAAACCAGAGGCCCAACAACACGUGUUGCUUUUGCUGGUGCUGUUGCUGCAGCUGCUCCUGCCUCACUGUUAGGAAUGAAGAAAGAGGGGAAAAUGCAGGAAGACCCACGCACACCACAAAGAUGGAGAGUAUCCAGGUCCUAGAGGAAUGCCAAAACCCCACUUCAGAUGAAGUCUUGUCCUGGUCUCAAAAUUUUGACAAGAUGAUGAAGGCCCCGGCAGGAAGAAACCUCUUCAGGGAGUUCCUGCGAACGGAAUACAGUGAAGAGAACCUACUUUUCUGGCUUGCCUGUGAAGACUUAAAGAAAGAGCAGAACAAAAAAGUAAUUGAAGAGAAGGCCAGGAUGAUAUACGACGAUUACAUUUCUAUACUCUCACCAAAAGAGGUCAGUCUCGAUUCUCGAGUUAGAGAGGUGAUCAAUAGAAAUCUGUUGGAUCCUAAUCCUCACAUGUAUGAAGAUGCCCAACUCCAGAUAUAUACCUUAAUGCACAGAGAUUCUUUCCCCAGGUUUUUGAACUCUCAAAUUUAUAAGUCAUUUGUUGAAAGUACUGCCAGCUCUACUUCUGAAUCUUAAUUUUUAAUAAAGAAAAUCAUUUUGGAGGGCUGCAAUGAAAAAUAAAAGUAAUUAUGUAACACCUGAAGCUGAGUUCCUGGAGAACUACAGUUUAGCAUUCCUCAGGCUACUGUGAAAAUACAACCAUAUGGUCUUUGUCUCCAUUUUUAUCAAGGUUUAUCCGUGGUUACUUUGGAGAAAAUACCACAUGAAACAAUGAAUUGCCAAAUUAAGUUUAUUUUGUUGAACACGCAUUCUACUUGCAAGCAAACUGUACUUGUAGUCCUAUGAACAGUCUCCUAGUGUACCCAGAGACUGCAUGUGCCAAGUAAACCCGCUUCAUUUGCCACAUAGUUGUCGCAACACUUAAAUCCAAAUGGCAUAACUUAUAUCUGUAUUUAAGGACUUUUGUGCAAUAUGGUCUUAUAGAAAUAAUUGCCCAAAAGUUGGCUGUGGUUUGCAUUUUUAAAUAUAAUCUAAGACAGAAAAAGCCAAUUUUAAAAUUGUAACUCUGAUAGUCAACAUGCUAUAUACUGUGUUCAGUACACUAAUUUUGAAGCCAAUAUUUCUGUUCAUGAAAAAAAGAGCUAUUUAUCUCUGUUUGUUGGAAAAUCCUCAUGGGGAAUUCCUCUGGUUGUUCACUGCCAAAACUGUGGCAUUUUCAUUACAGAAGAGUUUGCUAUGUAAAAAAUAAUAUAUAUAAAUAUAUGAGGAAAAAAGAAAAAGCACAAAACAAUUUGAAGAUAUUCUAUCUCAAUGACAAAUCAAAGAGUGAUAUUGUUUUUAGUUGUAAUAGAAGAAAAUGAAUCUAUGUAUAUAUCAGAUGUCCAAUACUGUAAUUAAUUUAUUAAAGACUGGCUCUCCAGUU